AUGCCCACCCAGUCUGGGACUCCAGCCUCGAAUCCAUUGCACGAGCUGGAUACGGUGUUUGGCCCUGAUCUAUCACAUCUCAACGAUGUUUUCCCAGGCGAUUCCUCGUCUUGGGCGACUGUCGAGCCCGCGUCGCUUACUAGCUUUGCUUUGCCAGAAUUUCUGAACACAAGCACUUCCGAAGGAUCCAUGAGCUCCGCACUGCCCUCCUCAAACAGCCCGAUUGAAGCUGCGGUUGGACUCCGAGGUGGACCAUCGGACCUAUCUGGGUCUCUCGCCAGCGCAUGCCAGGCAUUGGAAGCCGCUUUUAGAAAGGUCAUAAGAGAUCACACCGGCCGGGACGCCCAAGAUUCUGACUGGUUGACAACAGAUCCGAUUGGGGAAAUCUUUAGCCACUUUGACGGCUUGUUGGGAGUGCUGGCGCUCGAUGAUAUGGUAGCAAUCACCACGUCGCGCACGCCCCAGAGCCCACUCGAUGAGUACCUGCGGAGCAAACAAGCGUCAAUGGCAGCGCAGUGCUAUGUCCUGUGUAUAAAACUGAUGGCGGUCCUAUCGGAACAGGUGCUUCAGAGCCUGUUGGCACUACCACUGCCAACAAAACAGCCUGCGUCUGGGAAUCUGAGCACUUCGGAGGCGAUGAAAAACGUGAACGCUUUAGGAGCACAAGAGGACAACUUUUCCCACACGAGACACAUCCCGAAGAAUCUCCGACUGGGAGACCUGUAUGCUCCUCCAGACCCUUUCGGUCAUGCACUCAAUUCCGCCAUCAACAUGCUCCGAAUCGGGAGCAAAUUGAUUGACAGGAUGGAACAACUGCUUGGAAUACCUCCCGAGCUGGGAGGUGGGAGCAUGUCGUCCGGGACUUCACCAGAGCCGCUCGCUUCGUCGCGUUAA